AUGGUACAGACCAAUGUAACCUGGUGGAAGGGCUUUGUGUUUCUGGGCUUCUCCAGCUUUGGGGAGAUGCAACUCCUGCUCUUUGUCUUGUUCCUCUCUCUGUAUCUCAUCACCCUGACCUGCAAUGUCUUCAUUAUCAUAGUUAUCAGGCUAGAUAGUCAUCUACACACUCCCAUGUACCUCUUCCUCUCCUUCCUCUCCUUCUCUGAGACCUGCUACACUUUGGGCAUCAUUCCUAGGAUGCUCGCUGGCCUGGUUAUGGGGGGCCAGGCUAUCUCCUAUGUGGGUUGUGCUGCCCAGAUGUUUUUCUCUGCUUCAUGGGCUUGUUCCAAUUGUUUCCUUUUGUCUGUCAUGGGCUUUGAUAGAUAUGUGGCCAUCUGUGUCCCACUGCACUAUGUCAGUCUCAUGAAUCCCACUCUCUGUGCCCAGCUUGUUGGUGCCUCCUUCCUAAGUGGAUACCUCUUCGGAUUGGGAAUGACACUGGUCAUUUUCCACCUCUCAUUCUGCAGCUCCUAUGAGAUCCAACACUUUUUUUGUGACACACCACCAGUGCUAAGCAUUGCCUGUGGUGAUACAAGACUAAGUGAAAUUGGGAUCCUCGUCCUUAGCCUGUUGGUCCUCUUGGUGUCCUUCUUUUUCAUCACCAUCUCCUAUGCCUGCAUUCUGGCAGCAAUCCUUAGGAUCCCCUCUGCUGAGGGGCGAAAGAAAGCUUUCUCUACUUGUGCUUCACACCUCACUGUGGUCAUUAUUCAUUAUGGCUGUGCCUCUUUCAUGUACUUGAGGCCCAAAGUCACCUACUGUCUUGAGCGGGAUCAGCUUAUUUCUGUCACCUACACUGUGGUAACCCCUCUCCUCAAUCCCAUUGUUUAUAGUCUAAGGAAUCGGGCUGUGCAGACAUCUCUGAGAAAUGCUUUUACAGGGAGUUUACUGAGUAAAGGAUGA